AUGCCUGAAGAAACGGCGGAUGAUACGUCAAUGUCAAUUGAAGAAGAACUUAUAAACGAGGAGGAAACUGCUAAAACGUUCAUCUUCUUCGAUUUUGAGUGUACACAAGAGGACAUGGUAGCCUGUAUUAAAGGAUAUAUUCUCGACUCAUCUGGAAUUUGUUCCAACUGCAGCAAAACAAUGUGUGGUUCUCUCGAGCAUAAGCCCAACCUGUGUGUUGCUCAACAAGUAUGUACAAAAUGUAUGCAGGAUGAUGUCACUAGCACAAGCCAAUGUGAAAACUGUGGUAUUUUCAAAGGAAGCUCGACCUUGAACGACUUUUGCUUGUGGCUGUUUUCAGAAGAUAAUUCUAAUGCUACUGUGAUUUGUCAUAACUUUCAAGGAUAUGACUCAUAUCCUAUUCUGCAGUAUCUAUACCGAAAUGCCAUCGUACCUAAGAUUGUUCCAAAUGGAGCAAAAGUCAUGAGUCUUGUUGUAGAGUCAUGCAAGGUUAGAAUGGUUGAUUCUAUCAAUUUUAUACCCAUGGCACUGGCGAAACUACCGGCUAUGUUUGGCAUUGUAGAAUUGAAAAAGGGUUACGUCCCGCAUCUCUAUAAUCGAAUGGAAAACCAAGAAGCAGUGCUUGAUAGCUUACCAGAUAUACAAUAUUACAACUACGACUCGAUGAAGCCAUCAGACAGAGAGGUAUUCUUGAAAUGGUAUGAAGAAAACAAAGACAAGCCAUUUAACUUUCAGUCGGAAUUGUUGGAGUACUGUAGACCUGACGUAGAUAUACUUAGACGAGGUUGUUUAACCUUUCGGGAUAACUUCAUGAGCAUAACAAACAUGGAUCCAUUCGAGCAAUGUAUUACAAUAGCCUCUGCGUGUAAUUUAGUUUUUAGAACUAACUUUUUAGAACAAGAUUCUAUCGGCAUAAUUCUACAUCACGGAUAUAAACCGGAACAAAUGCAGUCAGUUAAAGCGUUAAAGCGGAUUAAAUACCUGUCGCAUACCCAAGGUCACCAGAUUCAACAUGCCAGGAACGGCGGUGAAAAGUGCAUAGGACCAUACAUGGUUGAUAGUUACUACGAGACUAUCGGGGGCGAAAAGGUCGUAUUAGAAUUUCAUGGAGAUUUUUGGCACGGAAAUCCGACAAAGUACUCCAGUUCUACAGUGAAUCCAGUGAGAAAACUAACCAUGGGUGAACUCUAUCAGAGGACACUUGAUAAGAAGAAAUACUUAGAGGAAAAUGACUAUACGUAUGUAUCAAUAUGGGAGUCAGAAUUUGACCAGCAGUUAAUCGGAGAUCCUGUAAUGGCGGAAUUUAUCAAAAACUGUCAAAUUAUAACACCUUUGCAGCCGAGAGACGCGUUCUUUGGAGGACGUACAGAAGCAUUUAAACUCUACAAAGAAGCUUCAUCGGUAGAGACAAUCCAGUACUACGAUGUCACGUCUCUUUAUCCUUUAAUUAACAAAACCGGAAAAGUACCAUUGGGUCAUCCUACCAUCAUCACAGAAAAUUUUGAGUCUUCAAAACUACGAAGGCCCGAUUAA